CAUUUCAGGUGCUCAAUAGCCACAUGUGGCCAGCGGCUGCUGUACAGGACAGCAUAGCUGUAAAUGGUGUAUUAGAGACCUACACUUCUGACUGGAUUCCCAGUUACUUGGGGGCAAGACUUUGCGUGCCCAUAGAGCUCUAUGUGCAGCAGACACUCAGCAGAUGUUACACGAAUGAGUAAAUGAAUGAAUGGAUCCAGUUUUCCCCAACAGCUGCUGACGACGAUCACUGUUACUCCCAGGAGCCUCAGCCUAAGUCAGACCCUGUCCGGGAGCUCAUGGCCCCACUUCAGAGCCUGGGCCUGGAGCUGCAGCAGGUAGCGGGGGAGGGGCAGUGGCAGGAUGCCAUGCUGGACCUCUGAGACGCCCGGGGCAGCUGGAGGAGGGCUAUAUGGUCCCUGGGCUGUAUUGGGGAUGGCAGUGUGUAUGCGUUGGGGGAGGGGGUGGACACGGAUGUGCCCUGACCCUGUGUGUGGCUGCAGAGGGAGCAGGACAGUCGGGACGUCGUGUGUGGCAUCUGCAUGGACAAGGUGUGGGACAAGCCAGAGGCCGAGCGGAUCUUCGGCAUCCUACCCAACUGCACCCACGCCCACUGCCUGGGCUGCCUGCGCACCUGGCGGAAAAGCCAACAGAACUUCCCGCUGGCUGUCAUCAAGGCCUGUCCCCAGUGCCGUGUCCAUUCCAGCUACAUCAUCCCCCACAAAUUCUGGGUGAGCGAGGGGGCUGAGAAGGAGCAACUCAUCAGGAACUUCAAGGCUCGGACCAGCCAGAUCCGAUGUCGGUUCUUCAUGCAGGGGAAUGGCCGCUGCCCCUUCAAGUCUGAUUGUAUUUAUCUGCACCAGCUACCGGAUAAAGCCCUGACCUCUGAUUCUCCCUGGACUGAGAGUAUGCAGCUGACCUCUGGGAGUGAGGUGGUAACAGCAGGAAUGUGGGACAGGGAGGCUGCUUGCCCUGUUUACAAUAAAUGUCUGUGAUAAAUAUAAGACCUAUACAUGAUGUCCAUAAGGAUAAUGGUGCCUGCUUAGAUGGGGCAUCUUUGUGCUACGUACAACCUGCUCAACCUUAUGUGUCAGCCUUGAUUCUCUUGUUCCUGGGGCAAUUGGGUUGAAAGUGAUGGGUUUUCAUUGAUUUCUUUCUCUACUCCCAGGUACUGGGCCCAACAGGGUUCCAAGGGGGCACCGAGCAGGAGGACGAAGCAUUCUUCAUGGACUGUGCCCUGGCCAUGGCCUUCUGGGGUUCAGAACUCUUACUGGAUCGCAAUAAUUCUUACCUUGGCUUUCUGUAACCAGGAUCAACAUGUGGGGGAUGGGGCUGAGGG